CACAUUUAUUUCUAUAUGCGUUUAUAUAAUGUAUAUUUAUGCCUCGUUCACAAUUCUCUUGAUGAAAUUUUAGAAAAAAGAGCCUCAAGUUUACACCAGUCUGACAGACGCAAGUACAGUGAUAAUUGAUGGUCGUUAUACUCAUGGUGAUAAUUUAAGAGUUCGUAUUGGUUUCUUACAUUUUCUACUGUCUGAAGGACAACUUUGGCUUAUGACACUUCAGGCAAAUGAAUUAUGGGACGCACUCAUUGUUAAUUCAGUAUUUGAGUAUGAGCGCUCGUAUGGAUUUCAGAUGUUUGGGACAAUGCAAGAACAGGAAGAUAUUGAUCCAAAAGCAUUGGAAAAAUUUUUUACUUCUCGGAUUUUGAAGCUUCCGGUUGAAUUGCUAAAUGAGGAGGGUUUCUCAUGUUUCAAAAUUUUUUGGACUGUAAUAAAUAAGAAACAUCACAAGCUAAUUCAACCUGCUGAAGCGGUUUCACAUUAUCUCAUGUGUAAUUUCGAUCUUGAAGGAAUGGAUUAUUUAUGGGAUAUAAUGUUGCAAGGUCGAGCGCAAGUGUCGCAGAUGGCAAUCUCUUUAUGGGUCGAAACUUUAGCAAAUCCUCAUACCUCAGUGAUUGCUGACUUCGCCAGCUUGAUUCAGGCAGUGAUUAAUAAUUUUACUAUGCUCAAAGCAAAGCAUUGUGGUUUGAUUAAGAGCGAAAUCAACGAAGCUGAAAAAAUAGAGCUUCUUGAUUGUAUGGGAAGGAUCUUAACGGCACUCAAAUCAUACAUUUGUGCAUUUGAUGAUGAUUGCUGCAUGCCUAAAAGAUCUCAACAUCCUCUUCGUAAAGCUGGUUUAGGACAGUGUUUCCUGUUACCGAUCAUUUUCCCUGAGAUUACAUUGGAUUCAACUAAUGAUAUUUUCCGAUUUCCUUUUAUUUUUAUUGGAUUCCGAAAUUCGACAUUUGAUAUACAAGAUGACGAGCACAGCAUUGCAGUACAUUCUAUGAUGUCUCUCUCAGAUUUAAAAUUAAAGAUUGAUGAUCAGUUACGCUGCAUUGGGGGAUGUAAUGUUGGUGGAUUGCUAACACCAGUGCAGUUAACUGUGCAAAGGCUCAGUCCACCAGAAGCAAGGAUUUUACAAUCAUCUGAUUGCCGAAAGACGCUCGACGAUUUAGGAAUUGAUUCUGCGACACAUAUCAUUGUUCGUUUGCGAAAUAACCCUGGAAUUUGGAAUAAUGGGUUGGCAAGUGCUGAAUCGAGCCCAGAUCAUACAUUUUUUUACUGUUUGUUUAAUGUAGGGACAGCAGAGCGCAGUGAAGGGAGUGAGCGUAUUUUGCCUGGCUCAGUAAUUGCUGAGAACUGUGAAUAUGUUAGAUUCUUGUAUACUUUGGCUGACAUCGGCUGUGCGCACGAGAAUAAUUAUGUGCGGAAGGCUGCUACUGACGUCUUAAAUCAAAUUCCUACCGACACGAUGUCGGUAGUAGUGCUACAGGAAAUGGUAAGGUCAGGGCGAUUGUGCGAUUUGCUACCUUCCGAAUCAUCAAACCAAUUAAUACAUUUACUACGUGUUUUGUAUUCCUUGCUUCUACCUUGUGAUGGCCAUUGUAUUACAGAAGCUACAGAUUUUCAAAUUCUUUUCUUUACCACUCCAAGUUGUUUGGCAGUAUUUUCCUUUCUGGAAGAUCCCAAAAUCUUGUGUCUGUGGGAUGAGUAUACUGGAAAAGCAGUCAUUUGGUGGUUAGCAAGUAUCGCAAAAUUUGUUUCCUUUGUUGCUGCGCGUUUAAAAUACUUGAGAAACACGAACGACAACGAAUGUUUCAAGAUUGAUCAGGUUAUCUGCCGAGAACAAGCGAUUUUUAAAGAAGUUUGCUGUGUUGUCGCGCGUGAUCUCAACAAAAGAAUCGAAAAGGACCCUGCAUUACUGCAAGCAAUAUCAGAACUCCUUGUAAAAAAUAGCUGCAGAAUAGAAUGUUUUUUACGGCUUGCAUGGGCUGCUGGUUCGCGAAGUAUACCAUUACGCAUUAAAUCUGGUGAAUUAGCAAAAGAUUCAUCGUUCGAAGCAAUAAUGCAAUCACAGACCACCUCAUCUGCGCUGGUCGAACCAGUGGAAUGGCUUUUGGAUACUUUCGCGAUAGAGGUCGUGAGUAGUAAUGCUACGUCUGAAGUUUUGGAAAUGAUUCAUUUAUGGAAUCAUGUUGUCUCAGAUUUAUUAUUCAGCAGAAACUCAUCUGUUCGACGCUAUUUCGCUACUGUUGCUCGUAGAAUGGUUUCUAUUUCUGGUGCAGCAGAGCGGGAGCUUACAUCAGCACUGCUGCAAUUGCUGCUUCGUAAAUUGGAAGAAAAUGAUGAUCGAGUCGUAAAGAAUACGGAUUUUUUCAUCUUAUUAUGCAAGCUUUUGGAUCUGUGUAGGAGUAGUAAAAUACAUGUUGAGGAUGUACUGCAGCAUCUGGAAAAGGUUUUAAAUUGGCUGGAGCGCGCAAAGCAGCAUACCAUUUCUAAUCAAGAAAGUUGUCAAGAUGAUAAGUCUUUAAUUGGACGACUAGAAAUUUGUCGCAGCUUGUUAGGAUUUCUUACGAAUGAGCAAAAAACUAUGAUUGGUUCAGAACCGAGUGGUACACUGCUUGUCAAGCAAUUGCUCGACGAAUUCAUUUUACCUUCUUCACGAGCUUAUGUGGACUUAAUGCGACAGCGUGAAAGCGACAGUAGUACAUACAUUCAACGUUCGGUAACGCAUGGAGCGAUUUCAAGAAGUGGUGAAGCUUUGAAUUAUUCUCAAAUAAAUAAAUUGUAUACUUUGGUCUCACUGAGAUUUCAUGUGUGGCAGCAACAAGUUUCUUUUUUACGUGAUCGAUAUUCAUUAGAUUAUUCUCGAACAUUAGAUUUUGAUGAAAUCGAUAGUGUCGUACCGCAUUCGGCAACUACGGGAUCCAUGCUGUCUUCACGCUGCAUUCCAGUUUGUGGUACUAAUGAAAGUGAAAAAGCAGCAUAUAAUUUGCUUCUUGCACUUUGCGACACAUCGCCACUCAAUUACAAAUGCUUAGCUGAAAGUCUUCUUGAACUAUUCUACUCAGAUCCUAUUACUACUGAAAAUAUUGAAUGGGAAUAUAUGCCUGGGUACUCUGUUCGUUCCCCAAACAGUUACGUUGGAUUGAAAAAUGGUGGAGCGACAUGUUAUAUGAAUUCCAUAUUUAUGAUUGAGCCUUUGCGAAAUGCGAUCAUUAAUUCGAACUGUACAGAUGAUCUAAACAUUGAGGAAAAAGAUUACGAGAGUAUUUGUAAUGAGCAUUACCACACGACAAUUCUUAAAGCUGUGCAAUCAAUUUUUGCGCAUCUUCUUGGAUCCGAAAUGCAGUCUUAUGCGCCAAAAUUUUUCUGGAAACAUUUUCGGUUCUGUGGUCAACCAGUGAAUGUACGUGAGCAACAGGAUGCCCUAGAAUUUUAUAACGCUCUUUUUGAUUCCAUAGAUGAGGGUCUUAAAAAAUUGGGUGAAUUGCCUAUCUGUGAAAGUUUAUUUGGUGGAACAUUUGCAGAUCAAAAAAUUUGCAAAGAUUGCCCGCAUAGGUAUCAACGGGAAGAAGCAUUUACAUCAAUCUCGGUUGACGUACGAUCUCAUAACAAUCUCCUCGAUUCGCUGAAAGAAUAUGUUAAAGGCGACUUGUUGAAUAAUGAUAAUGCUUAUCUAUGCGAAGAAUGUAAUGUAAAGGUAACGGCGGUAAAAAGGUUGUGCGUUGCAAGACUACCACCCUAUUUAACGAUACAGCUAAAAAGAUUCGAUUUCGAUUGGGAACGUGACGUACCUCAAAAAUAUAAUGAUUACUUCGAAUUUCCAAUUCUUCUUGACAUGAUGCCGUUUACGGUUUACGGCUUAGCCCAAGCUGAAGGAGAAUUUACGAAAGAAGAUCUUACGAAUUCGUCAGUAACUGACAGCGGUCGAGGAACGUCAGUUAGUAUAUCACCGGAAACAAACGAAGGGCUCGGUAACAGUGAAAUCUCUACAUCUGAAAUUAAAUUGAAUGACAAUAACACCAAGUAUUGCUUGCGUGGUGUCGUUGUACAUUCGGGACAAGCUAAUGGUGGCCAUUACUAUUCAUUCAUUCGCUCUGAAGAAGAUGGAGGUCGCUGGUUCAAGUUUGAUGAUAUUGACGUAACCGAAUGGCAUUUAAGCAAGGAGGAGAUGCGGAACAUGUGGUUUGGUGGGGAGUACAUUGCGGAAUCGCUUGAUAAUAGUGGUAAUCAUUCUCAGAAAAGACGACAAAAACGAUGGUGGAAUGCAUAUUUACUAAUUUACGAAAAGACAUCAGCAGCGGCCACAUCUGUCACAUCAUUAGUAGAAUUAACGACUUCUAUUUCUGCACAACCAUCUCAUUCACCUACUUCUUCUACUAACAGUCCACUUAGUUUGGAUAAAAAAAUUAGUGCUAUGUCCAUUAGUACUCGCAUUCGACAAAUGCCUCCGAAAUUGGAAGCCUUAAUUCGAGAAAAAAAUACAUGUGCUAUGCACGAGCGGUCUCAGUACACUGCAAAUUACUUUCAAUUCAUCCGAGACAUAUGUUCUCAAGCUGUUCGAGUAAUUAAGCAGUUUCGUCCUGAAAUUCAAGAGGAUUAUUAUCUGCUUACAAUAAAAUUACUUAGCAAAUUUUUAUUUUCUACUGGCUUACGAGCGAAAAAAAUUCUACGCUCGUUAAAUAUCAUGGAAUGGCAGAAAACGUACGAAAUGUUAUUUGAAUUAUCCUUCGCUGCUCGCAAAUGGUUUAUUUGUAAUAUCAUGUUUCAGUCAAAAAUAGUGGUUACAUAUCUCCUGACUGCUCAGUCGAGUGAAGUGCGACAUUUUUUCACAAAUGUACUCAUAAUGCUUUUGAAUGCAACUGUAAAUGAUCAAGCUGAUUCUAUACAGUCUUAUUUACAUACAAGAUAUCAGCUCUUGAACAUUUGCAUUGCAGAAAGUUGCCUUGAUUUUAAAUUUGAAGCCAGUUUCACGAAAUCUGACUCGAUAUCUGAUAUGUUUAUUGGCUUAUUACUUGUCAUUCCACAAAAUUAUUUUCUCGAAUUUAGUACUCAUAUCACGCAAUAUGUAACGUUAUUUAAUCUUUAUGCUCUGUCAGGUAUUGAGCAGGUACUUAUCUUUGAAUAUAUUUUUGCUUUUGCCUAACU